UGGCGUUGCCCAGCUCUCCGGAAGGAGACGUGGCGGCGCUUGAGUCUUCUGCACCUAGGACGCUUUGUAGUCCCGCCGCCGCCUCCUUCUCCUCCUCCACCACCUGUUCUCCUCGGGUAGAGGGGUUGUGACGACGGCUGGAGGACGCGGCGACGGAGGAUGGAGGAAGGAGGCGGCGGCGGCUUGCGGAGCCUGGUCCCCGGAGGGCCGCUGUUGCUGGUACUCUACGGUCUGCUGGAGGCGUCCGGCGGGGGUCGAGCGCUGCCCCAGCUCAGCGACGACAUCCCCUUCCGAGUCAACUGGCCCGGCACCGAGUUCUCUCUGCCUACAACUGGAGUUUUGUACAAAGAAGAUAAUUACAUCAUUAUGACAACUGCACACAAAGAAAAAUACAAAUGUAUACUUCCUCUUGUAACAAGUGGCGAUGAGGAAGAAGAAAAGGAUUACAAAGGCCCCAAUCCGAGAGAGCUUUUGGAACCACUGUUUAAACAGAGCAGCUGUUCAUAUAGAAUUGAAUCUUACUGGACUUAUGAAGUAUGUCAUGGGAAACAUAUUCGACAGUACCACGAAGAAAAAGAAACUGGCCAAAAAGUAAAUAUUCAUGAAUACUACCUUGGGAAUAUGUUGGCUAAGAGUCUUCUGUCUGAAAAAGAACGAGAAGCCGAGGAAAAAGAAAAGUCAAAUGAGAUUCCCACUAAAAAUAUUGAAGGCCAGAUGACACCCUACUACCCUGUGGGGAUGGGAAAUGGCACACCUUGUAGUCUGAAACAGAAUCGACCCAGAUCAAGCACUGUGAUGUACAUAUGCCAUCCUGAAUCUAAGCAUGAAAUCCUUUCAGUAGCUGAAGUCACAACUUGUGAAUAUGAAGUUGUCAUUUUGACACCACUCUUGUGCAGUCAUCCUAAAUACAGGUUCAGAGCCUCUCCUGUGAAUGACAUAUUCUGCCAAUCACUGCCAGGAUCUCCAUUUAAACCCCUCACACUAAGGCAGUUGGAGCAGCAAGAAGAGAUCCUGAGGGUGCCAUUUAAGAGAAAUAAAGAGGAAGAUUUGCCAUCAGCUAAAGAAGAAAGAUUUCCAGCCAUCCACAAACCUAUUGCUGUUGGCUCUCAGCCACUGAUCACUGUUGGAACAACCCACAUAUCCAAGUUGACAGAUGACCAGUUCAUAAAGGAGUUUCUUAGUGGCUCUUACUGUUUUCAUGGGGGUAUUGGUUGGUGGAAAUAUGAAUUCUGCUAUGGCAAACAUGUACAUCAAUAUCAUGAGGACAAAGAUAAUGGGAAAACUUCUGUGGUUGUGGGGACAUGGAACCAAGAAGAACAUGUUGAAUGGGCUAAGAAAAAUACUGCUAGAGCUUAUCAUCUUCAAGACGACGGCACUCAGACAGUCAGGAUGGUGUCACAUUUUUAUGGAAAUGGGGAUAUUUGUGAUAUAACUGACAAGCCCAGACAAGUGACUGUAAAACUAAAGUAAGUUGAACCCUUCUCUUUUAC